AUGGAACAUCUAAAGCGUAGUUGGAUGUACAAGAGAUUAGAUGGUCGAGGGGCUCUUAAUUCUAGUUUUAUAGCCGGUGUGAAUGACUUUCUCAAGUUUGCAUGUUCUCAUCCGAAUCGCAUGAGUGGAUUUGUUGAGAACUAUUUUGUUUGGAAAUAUCAAGGAGAAAAAGAAGUGAUCGGUGAAAUGUCUAUUGAUUUACCGAAUGAUACACAAUCUGGAUUGGGAUAUGAUAAUCCAUAUCGCCAAAUGGUUUUGGAUGCAGUUGGAUCAAACUUUGGUCAGGGUUCGAGCUUGCAAUCUUAUAGUAAUGACGAACCUGAGUCAUCUCAUCAUUGUGAACCUCCAAUGGAGGAAGAUCCUAAUCCUUCAAUGGAGGAGGAACCUAAUCCUGAGUCACAAAGGUUUUAUGAUUUACUUCAAGCCGCUGAUGCAGAAUUGUAUCCUGGUUCUUCCAUCUCUCAACUUGCACUAGUUUCUAGGAUGCUAAAUAUUAAAAUGGAGAACACUUUGUCACAAAGGGGCUAUAAUCAAGUGAUGCAACUAUUGAAAGAGGCAUUACCUGAAGAUAACCAAGUUCUCGAUAGUUAUUAUCAAACCAAGAAACUAGUGCGUAGCUUGGGUUUGCCUAUUGAAAAGAUUGAUUGUUGUAACUUAGGAUGUAUGUUGUAUUGGGAAGAUGAUAAAGACCUAACAUCUUGUAAGUUUUGUGGCUAUGAAGGGUUUAAACGUUGUGUUGGUUCUCGUAAGAGAAAAUUGGUCCCUUACAAAAAAAUGUAUUAUUUUCCUCUUAUUCCUAGAUUGCGGAGAUUAUAUGCAUCUCAUGCCACAGCUGCCGACAUGAGAUGGCAUCAAGAGCAUACACAAGAAGAGGGGGUAAUGCGACAUCCAUCAGACUCUGAGGCUUGGAAGCACUUCAAUGAAACUCAUCCCUUUUUUGCUUCUGACCCAAGGAAUGUGAGGUUGGGGUUAUGUACUGAUGGUUUUCAACCAUUUGCUCAAUCUAGAAGAAAAUACUCUUCAUGGCCAAUGAUUGUCACUCCAUAUAAUUUGCCCCCGGGGAUGUGUAUGAAGGAGGCUUACAUGUUUUUAACUGUCAUUGUUCCAGGGCCACACAAUCCUAAACAAAAAAUUGAUGUUUAUCUACAACCUGUAAUAAAGGAAUUGACUUUAUUGUGGGAGACAGGAUGGAGUACCAGUGGAAACUUAGCAUGCCCUUAUUGUAUGGAGGAAACACAAUCCUUUAGAUUACAAUAUGGUGUGAAAACAACUUGGUUUGACAAUCAUAGAAUGUUUCUUGACCAAAAUCAUCCAUUUAGAAGUGAUCGUAAGAACUUUCUUAAAGGUCAUAUUGUCACAAGAUUGCCACCACCUUUAAGAUCAGGACAAGAAAUUUUGAAUCAAAUAUGUGAGUUGGGGAUAAGGAAAGUAACUGAGUUAGAUGCAGAAGAAGUUAAUAAAAGAAUUUGUAAGUCUUGUGGAUGGAAAAAACGAAGCAUCUUUUGGGAUUUGCCUUAUUGGAGUUCUAAUAUGAUACGACAUAAUCUUGACGUCAUGCAUAUUGAGAAGAAUGUCUUUGAUAAUGUAUUUAACACAGUUCUUGAGGUGGAUGGCAAAACCAAAGACAAUCCAAAAGCACGUCUAGAUGUUGUAAAAUAUUGCAAUCGGCCACAUUUGGCAAGGAAUCCUGAUGGAAGUUAUCCUAAAGCUGCAUAUACAAUAAAUAAGGAUAAAAAAAAGGUCUUGUUUGAUUGGUUGGAAGGUGUGAAGUUUCCAGAUGGUUAUGCACUUACAGAGUUGAGUUUAUUUUUUAAAGAUCUUACUUCAACUACUCUUCGAGUGGUGGACUUGGAAAGAUUGGAGGUACACAUUCCACAAAUUUUGUGUAAGUUGGAACGCAUAUUUCCUCCUGGAUUCUUUAACUCAAUGGAACAUUUACCAGUGCACCUUCCACAUGAAGCACGAAUUGCUGGACCUGUACAAUAUAGAUGGAUGUACCUCCGAACUCUUAAAAAUAUGAUUGGGAACAAAGCUAGUGUUGAAGGUUCUAUUUGUGAAGCAUACUUGAUGGCAGAGUCAACACAAUUGUUUUCUCAUUACUUUGAACCUCAUGUUAUGACACGUCAUCAUAAUGUGAUCCGUAAUGAUGACGGUGGUGCUAUGAAAGAUGUUGAAGGAAAUUUAUCAAUAUUCACCCAUCCAAGCAGACUAUCGGGUGAAGGAAAAAAAAGAGAUUUAUCCCUUGAAGAAAUUAAGGCCGCCCAAACUUAUAUUCUACUAAACUGUCAAGAGGUUGAGCGGUUUGUGAGCAUGUACGUACAACGUUUGCAAGAAGAGUUUCCGAAUCUACCUCAAGAUCAAAAAGAUGAGAGUCUUGAAUCAUAUUUUUCUAUAUGGUUCAAGGAAUAUGUUCGAUCCAACCAUAUUGAAAAUGAAUACUUGAGUAGUCUUGCUCAUGGACCAUUAAUAAGCGCAUGUGCUUAUCCAGUGUGUUUUGUCAAUGGAUACAAGUUUCAUACAAUACAUCGCGGUAGUGUAAGAUCAACAACGAACAGUGGAGUUUGUAUCUCAGAUCCAAAUGCUGGUGAUUACUAUGGUAGGAUACAAGAAAUUAUACAAUUGGAAUAUCGUAGAGCACCUUUAAAGCAAGCUAUAUUAUUCAAGUGUGAAUGGUUUGAUCCAACAAUGAAUGUUGGUGUUAAGGAGCACAAUCAAUAUAAAUUGGUCGAUGUUAAUCAUCCUCGCCGAUUUAAAAAAUAUGAACCUUUUAUUCUUGCAAUGCAAGCAACUCAAGUGUGUUAUAUGUCUUAUCCUAGCACAAAGAGGGACAAGGAUGAUUGGUUAGCUGUAUUAAAAGUCAAACCUCGAGAUGUUAUUGAAUCACCUGAUGAGGGAGGGAUCACAGUAGUUGAAUCAAAUCUUCCAUUCCAAGUUGAAGAAGUUGAAGUCCAUGAGAUAGAUAUGAAUAUUAUUGUUGAUGAAGAUAUACCUCUGCAUGAUCCAAAUGGGGAGACAAUUGAAAUGGCUGAGCCAAUUAAUGAGGAUUUGUUGUUAGAUCACCAUGAAUUAGAAGAAGAAACUACAGAAGAUGAAGGUGAAACUGAGGAUGAAACUGGAGAGGAGGAUGAUGAGGAGUUUGAAGAUGAAAUAGAUACAGACUAG